AUGGCCUACCGGAGCCCGGUGAAGUUCAAGUUACUUGAGGAUUUAACAUAUAACGGGAUGGGUGAUCCCAAGGAGCAUCUUAUUAGUUUCCAAGCUCGGAUGCAAAUACAUGGAGCCGAAGAACCUCUGAUGUGCAAAGCCUUCCUAACUACAUUAGUCGGUGGGGCACAAAGGUGGUGCAUGAAGUUGCCCGAGCAUUCAAUGAGCAAUUUUGGACAGUUGGCCAAACUUUUCAUAACCAAUUAUGCCGCCAAUUUGCGUCCUAAGAAAAACUUCAUGUAUCUGUCUAGAAUCAAGCAGGAUCCUAACGAGCCUCUUCGGUCGUUCCUAGCUAGAUGGCAAAAGGAUGUUCAAGCGGUCGAUGACCUAGAUGAUAACACAAUGGUGAUCCUGUUCAUAGAGAACUUGAGGUUAGGAAAGCUGUAUACUAACCUCCAUACCAAUUGGCCGACCUCGUACGCUCAGGCUAUCCAAAGAGCCAACCGGCAUGCUGACGCUGAGGACGCAAUCAAGCAGAAAAGAAUCCAAGAAGGAGGGUCAUCUCAACCUAAAAGGCCUCGUGCAAAGGAACCGUGUCCGAGAAAGUUUGAUAAGAGUCGGCUAGGCCGCCAAGAGACUGGUCGGAACCCUGAAAGAUCGGGUGUCCCGUCGUUUCACCAACAGCCGGUCGCGGUGCAAGAAAUUCAGGCUCAACCUCCGCCACAGGAGGUAUGA